AGAACGUAAUUAAAAAUAGAUUUAAAUCAAUGCAGUCCAAUGUCAAUUAAAAAGAUAAACGCAUAGUUCGCUAAAAAAGUGUCGGAAUUUUCAAGUCAAGUGGAACACAAAAAUUUACGUACGUUCAGUAAAAAUUCUUUGUUCGACGCAAGGAUAUGAGCAUGUCGAAAUUUUUUCGCAAACUAAUUUUUUGCGGCUGCUCGUCGCGUUCGGAUUACGAUAGCCGAUCGAUCGUUGUCGACGAAUCGAUCGUCGACGAUCCUCCACCGAAAUUCACGGAGGCCUCGAAUUACGAACUGGAACCCGAUGACGUGGCGAAGCAUUUUGAUCUGUCCACUAUAAAAUUCAUCGACGACGAGGAAGCCGACGAAGAUGCGGCCUGCACUAAGAACGAGGAGCUGGACGGGCCGAACGGAAGUGGGCGGAUACGAGACGCCUGGGUUAUCGCCGUCGAAAGGAACGCGAGGGAGAGGCUGCAGAAAUUGACGGCACUCCAGAAGAUCCAACCGCGCGACAUCCAUAGCAUUUUACAUCAACGGACAAUAAAUUCAGUAGCGUCCACGAGCGAAGACUCCACUUCAAAAGACGUAUCGAAUGGCCAAAUUACGGUUACUUUGGCGGACAAGGAAUUGGAGACGAAUUCUUUUUCCACCAAACUUAGCAACGGUACGAUUCCCAAGGGAUUAGGAAAAGAGGCGGAUAUCCGAGUGGAAAACACCUCGCAGGAGCGGAAGGACUCUUUAGAGAAGCAACACAGCUGCGAAGAGACGAACCUCUUGCAACCGAUACAGAGCGGAAGAAUCGGGGAACGACGGUCGAGCAGCCCUUUCCAAAAUGGUCGAACGGAAGUGCUGAUUGGCGAACCGGAGGGCGGCCCGAGGUCGCCGCGGGGAUCGACGUCUUCGGCGGUGAACGACGGCAAUUUCCUGAAUCCACCGGACGAGCGAGACGAACCAAUUUGCAGGUCCCGAAGGCGUAGCGGUAGUGGCGUGACGGACAUACAUUCUCAGCAACAACAGCAGCAAUUGCAGUUGCAAGAGAACAACAACUCGCGCGAACAACAACUCGUGCGAACAACAAGCUCGCGCGACGCGAAGAAGCCGCAGGAGGGACUGGGGCCCGAUGAGAUGUGGGCCCCUGGCGCCCUGGGCCAUCAUCGGGAGCUACCUGUUGAUGUGCCCGACACCCUUCUACAGAAGGCCUAUCCCAACAAGGUAAAAAACUGCUCUGCCGAUUAUAGGAACGGGCUACAGCAUCGUCCCCGUAGCGCUAGCGACCUCGACCUCUCCCUAAACCUUAAAAACGAAACCCUUAAGACGCGCACCAUCGCGGACGGACGCGCUAGACUCGUAUCGAACGAUCACACGCACGACGUCACCGACGCAGCCAGGACAAUUAACGUCCACAACGGUCUUCAGCCGUCCAUGCUGAAGAUCGAGCUGAAUAUCGAGGACGAGGAGGAGAAAGUGAAAGCCACCAGGAAGAAUCUGGGAUUCGACAAAUAUCGCGAUAGCCCGAUCGCGACCGGCUCGCCGGAUUUGAAAAGUACCUUUAAAGUUUUCGAAGUAUACGCGAACAUUGACGAGGACGCAGGCGGACAAAAGGAGUCUAGCGUUGAUAUUGAAGACGACUAUCCUUUUGCCAAGGAGGAUUAUCCCACCAUGCUGAAAACAUGUAGUGACGAUUCCGCGAGUCCAAGAAGUUCAUCGGGUAGAUCGGAUAGUACUGCACCCCUCGAUACCAGUCUAAUGCUCAGGCAUAGUAAAAGCCACAAGGACUCGCCGACUUACGACGUACGAAGGAUAGACCUCGGUUCUCCUUGUAGAUCGGUAGUACCCGAUAUCAAGGUGGCUCCACUCUUUGGCCGAACCCGAGACGCGACUUCCUUUGACAAUCCGGCUUAUGGAUUAACGGACUUGCAGGAUCUUCAGGGGUUACUGCGAUCCGACGAAAUGUCAGACUUAACCAGACUGAUUGAUGAACAAUCUUCAAUUCCAAGAACUCCGCAAGACCACGAUAAAGUCUCGCCUGUCCGUGUCAAGGAUCAGCAGAUGGACUCUUCCCAAACCGAGCCAGUAAGCAAGUCCGGCAAAAGUCCGACGAAACGUCGUUCAAAUGACGAGCGAGUUAAAUUGAAAGCAAAAACCCGCAGUCUUGAUAUCGAGGAAUUGAUUCGGACUGGCUCGACCGACGAUCUUCUCGGGAUCGAAUUAAGCAAUCUCUCCUCUUCUUCCUCCUCGUCCCGGCAGCGGACAAAAAAGAAGCGGCAUCAGCAGAUCUCCAGCGGCUAUUCCACACUGAGGAGCGAGGCCUCUGGCGAUCUCGAGCAUAACGCGGACCGCAGCUUCCUCGUGGUGGGCAGAAAGCCUUACCGCGAGGUAGCCGUCGAUUGUCCACCGGAUUUCGUGCCGGUCACCAAGUGCCAUCCGAUAUACCCGCCGCCGAAUAAGACCCCCGGCAACAGCAAGCACAACACCCUCGAGCCAAAGCGCGAUCGCGCGAGUGUCACUAACGAGGCGAAUUCGUGCGCUGCGACAACGACGACCAUGACGACAACCACGCUCGUAGCCUCCCCUCGCCUCUCCUUGAACGAUAAUAGCUUCACGACGCUGUCUAGUGCCGACAGUAGCGCUAAAGAGACCGUGGUCGCGCGCUCGGUAGACCAUAAGCACAGCUUGAAGAAGGUAAGGUCCAAAGUCAAGAGCUUAAUAUGCGACAGCUUGCAGUCUAUCCUGCACCACCAGCAUGAUGAUUCGCUUGGCUCUUACAGCACGCAAUACCCUAACUCACUAAUGCAGACUCAUCCUAACGAUCCUGUUCUGCAAUCGUUCGUCAUGAACAUUGAAAAUCCCAACGAGUUCUCGCAAAUACGGAACUCCUUCAACGAACGAGAUCAGAAUCUCUUUCAAAAUCGACAAAUCGAGAAUUCCUGUUUCGAGGAUGAUUACCACGAUGUUUUCUUACGAGGAAAAGUCUUCCGCGAGAGCGGAGAACGUUCAUUAUCCUCCGUUUUUCCAGAUGAGCUUCCCAAAAAUUCGCAAAAUCCCUUUCUCGAAGAAGCUGGUAAUAAUAAAAUGAUCUCUUCCCCUUUCCCAACUAGCGAUUCUACAUGCUUGAGUGUCUUUUCUACUUUUAAAAACAAAGUCGUGAGCUCUUCUAAAGAAGAACUCCUUGGUUUCAAGAAGGAAACCGAGGAGAAUAACUUCUCCGAUUGUCCGAACGAGAUUAGCUUGUUACCGGAGAAAAAUAUCUCGUUUUCUAAAGUCAGAGAUAACAUUCGUGUCCAAUCGUCUAUCCAAGAGACGAAUCAGAAUUCUCGGAAUUCCCUGCGUGAGCUCUCCUCUGCGGAGCAACGCAUUGUGAGUCAUUUAUUCGACGACACGCGUUAUUCUAAUGAUUGUCAGCCACAAGAAAUGGAGCGAUGUGACAGCGCUUACUGUCUCGAUGAUUCGCCGAGUACACAAAAUAAACAAAAUUCAAGACUAUUUUUUAAAUACGAAUGUUUCAAGUUGGACGUUCCAUCUAUGCUUCCUAACAAUGGCGUGAAAUUUCACGUUAGUUGGAGAAGCAUGUCCGACCUUCCAAAUUUAAUGGCUGAUUGGCAUUCGACGAUGACAAGGAGAGCCUUUUCGCUCUCCGACUUUGUUUCAAUAUCGAAAAUCACGUCAUCACCCAUCGUCGGGUGGGAUAAAGUUGAUCACCCGACAGUUUUGUACGACGGAUUUUCUGAUGAACGUAUGAAGCAGAACAUACCAAAAUCACCGAUGCACACUGUGAAGAACCAUUCGCUCAAGUCGCACGUCGACGCUCUCGAACAGCAGGCCGGUCUCAAUGGAGUCAAGCCUGCCAUCCCACCGCGCGAUCAGAAGAGGGCACCUGCCAGACCGCCGAAAGAUAAUCUGCGCCUCUCCACGCAGAACAAUAAUGUUGAGACGAGCGAUAACGCGAAGGUAAGAUAUGAUGUCGGCACUCUUUCGCACUCGGUGUUGUAUCGAGAGCAAUUACGAAAACGGAAAGAUGAAGAGGAAAGACAGGAAAUGCUCAGCCAUUCUCUCCGUGGCUCUAAAAAGCUUCAAGCUUUGGAGAGCCACGCGACGAGCCUCAGUGGCCAGGGAAAUUUUGCUUACGCACAUGACGAGGUGACCACCGGCGUCAGUCGAAUUACACACGCCACUCCUAAUGCAGUCCAAGAAGUGGAGGAGCCGCCCAGGCCUCUCACGUACGGCGAGGUCGUUGCUACGCUGGAGAGGCUGCAGCUCCAACUGCGGAAUAUUUCAGGUGCUCUCGGUAUUUCGGGUCCAGGUGUCGAAGCCGAGCUCGAGGCAGUCCGAACACUUUUAGUGCAGAAUCAAUUUGCGUCUGCCCUGGCGACUCGUCAUACUUUAAAAAGUCGGCUAAGGACGAGCAAGAUCUUUAAACACCAUGCCGAUGACGCAUCGAGUUUAGCGCGAGAUUGCGUGGAUAUCCUUGAAAAAUGGCAAUCGUCGUCGACCGCAACAGGUGUUGGCGGAGCAGAAACAAUAGCCGCCGUGGAAGAGUUAACGAGUAUUCUAACAAGUUACGACAUGGAGGCUCUGCUUCUAGCACACGACUCUAUCGUCUCCUACGUGGAAGGUUUACAAAGGAAGCAAAGCCCGUCCUCUCCACCCAGUGAACCGCCCAGUCCGACGUCUAGUUGGAAAGAUUCCCGUGUAGUCGACAACAUUAAAAUUAUCCGAAUUGAGAAAACUAACGAACCUCUGGGUGCUACCGUCAGAAACGAAGGGGAUGCGGUAAUCAUAGGACGUGUCGUUCGCGGUGGUGCGGCAGACAAGUCAGGACUCCUACACGAGGGCGACGAGGUUCUCGAGGUAAACGGAGUAGAAAUGCGCGGCAAGACUGUCAACGAAGUUUGUGAUAUUCUUGCUGGCAUGCAGGGUAGUCUCACGUUCUUGGUACUUCCGGCUCCAACGAGCCACAGAAAUAAUUUAAGGAGAGAAGACACGACCCAGAUACAUAUACGAGCGCAUUUCGAUUACGAUCCCGAGGAAGACCCGUAUAUACCGUGCAGAGAGUUAGGCGUAAGCUUUCAAAAGGGCGAUGUACUCCACGUAAUUUCCCAAGAGGAUCCUAACUGGUGGCAAGCAUAUCGAGAGGGUGAAGAGGACCAGACACUGGCUGGUCUAAUACCCAGUAGAGUGUUUCAACAUCAACGAGAAUCCAUGAAGCAGACGAUAGCCGGCGACAAAUCGACGAUGCGAGGUUCGAAAAAAUCCAGCACGCUAUUGUGCGCAAGAAAAAAUCCAAAGAAGAAGAAACGAAACAAGUUCGGCGCAAACUUCAAUGACGAUGGAUAUCCACUUUACGCAACAACUGCCAUAGACGAUUACGACAGUGAGGAAGUGCUGACGUAUGAGGAAGUCGCCUUAUACUUUCCUCGUGCAAAUCACAAGAGGCCAAUUGUACUCAUCGGACCACCCAACAUCGGACGGCACGAACUUAGGCAGAGAUUGAUGCAGGACAGCGAACGUUUUGCUGCAGCGAUACCACAUACAAGUCGUCCAAAGAAAGAUUCCGAAGUCGAUGGGCAGGAUUAUCAUUUUAUUUCUCGUGCUCAGUUCGAGUCCGAUAUUCUUUGUCGAAAGUUCGUCGAGCACGGCGAAUACGAAAAAGCGUACUACGGCACGUCCGUGGAGGCCAUCAGGACAGUGGUUAAUUCCGGGAAAAUCUGUGUCUUAAACCUGCAUCCCCAGAGUCUCAAGAUCCUGCGAAAUUCGGAUCUAAAGCCGUAUGUUGUGUUUAUCGCGCCUCCGAGCCUCGAGAAGCUUAGGCAGAAGAGGAUCAAGAACAACGAAAGCUUCAAAGAGGAAGAAUUAAAAGACAUAAUCGAGAAGGCCCGUGAGAUGGAGGAUAAGUAUGGCCAUCUGUUUGAUAUGCUUAUCCUCAACAACGAUACGGAUCGGGCGUAUAACCAACUUCUCACGGAGAUUAAUUCACUCGAGAGAGAACCUCAGUGGGUGCCUGCGUCUUGGGUUCAGUAACUUAAGCGGUCUUAAUCGCCGCGCUUAAGACGAGCGUUUCUAUACGGCGUGUCUCGACGGUGAGGACGGCGAUCGGAGGCCAGUAUUGCGGUAUCUGUUUGCAAGACAAGUGCUUUUACGCAAUUUUCCAAGUAAGACUUCAAGCAAGUCUGAUAGAAAUUCGGAGAACUGGUUCUUCUACAGGUGCCUGUUACAUAGUUUUAUGUUUCUUACGCAAAUCUUAAAUCUUCCCCGGUUAUUAUAUUGCAAGUACUCGCCUGACAGUCUUCCGCGCGUGUUGUCGUACUUUGGUGCCAUGAAAAUGACGGAGCAAUCUUCAAAGGGAGAAAGGGAAGAAGGGAAAUAGAAAAGAGAAUGAAUGUUCUAUAAAAAAAUUUUCACAACCUCUGUGACGAACUACUCCUCGACGUAGAUUCUUGCAUUUGUUAUAGAAGAAAAAAAAGAAUAUGGUGUUUAUAUACCACCGUGAAAGACGACAGUUUUCGAGACUCGGUUGCAUCAAUGAUGUUUCGAAUUUAAGUGAAUAUGUAAUCAAAUCGCGGACGAUAAUCUGACGAAAAACUUAAAUUUAAGUUCCGCUUAAAUUUCAAACAGAGUUGCUGCAGUUUAGUCUACUUUUGGUAUCCCGAGAUAAAUUUGGUAUUCCGAUUGAAAUACGUUCGUACGUCGAAGUUUCAGAGGUAUUUACGAUUAAAUUCUCAUGACUGACCCAUUCCCCAAGCGGUUAACAUUAUUAUAUUAGAUGCGCGAGUAUACAAAAAGUCAUCAUCUUUUUUCGGUGCGCCAAAGCACAUCUGCCGAGCGUUUUGCUCUUUCUACAUAUUAGCCCGUUCUACAUGAGGAAGUGUACCUGACCUGAUGUCUCCUAACAGUGAAAAAUUUCUAACUUGGGGGACUCGUGAAAAUAUCGUGUAAUUUUCUAUGAUCUACGCACAUACAUUUUGAUAAAUUUUGAUAAGUGGAACCGGAGCUUCGAUCCAGAUUUUUUAAAAGAUUUCUUAUUCAGCGUAGCACGUGCGAAUAUAUUAACGUGAUUACAUUAUUAACUUCGCGUAAUGUAAUUAAUUCUUUUUACGUCGCGAAUCAGUUAUACACAUACACACACACGCACACAUACACACACACAUACACACGCACACAUAUAUAUAUAUAAAAUUUUGCAUACGAUCAUAGAGAGUCGCAUGUUUUUUCACGUGAAAUUUUGGUUAGAAAUUUUUGGCAGUUCUGUUAUUCUAACCAAGCGGAAGCUCUUAUUAUAAAGGAAGAAAAAAAAAUUCCAAAACGACGAUCCCACAAGCAUAACGACGCACUUUAUGCGUUUCUUCGAACGCAAGAGAAAACGUCUGCGAUGUCGAAAAAGGCGAAACUCGCUAACGUUUUAUCGUUCGCCCUAGACAUUUCGUGUUUGUUUAGAGAGCAGAAACUCGUGUUUCGAACCCGUAGAUUCGUUAAACGCAAUAGACUUAGGCUCGACUGUGGUUCGGUAUACAAGCUUUUGAAAAUUUCGCAUAAAAAACAAUUGUUUCUCCUAAGUGUUUUUUUACAGGGAGCGAUUAUUACGCAACGCGAUCGAAUAGGGUAAAAAGAUGUUUAUCUGUGUCAUUGUAUCGCUACGAAAAUAGGGAUCGAUGCGAAAUAGAAAAGAAAAAAAUGUGUAGUAGAGAGAGAGAAAGAAAGGCCAUUGUGGUUUUUCAUUGGAAAAAUUAUUCGGUAAAUGCAAGUGCGCGAUGUGUAUCUUAUAAAUAUUCUUGCGUUAGCAAUAAUUGUGUAUUAUAUCGGAAAAUAACUUUUCUAUAUUUUUUCUUUUUUUUGAUGACUUUAAGAGCUCCGGUAAAUUCGGCAAAGAUGUGUCGUUCGUAUAGAGAUUGUGGGCUACUGUGUCGUGAUUAGAUCAACUGUGUAAUGUUAGUCGAUCCAGAGAGAAAAAGAUAGAUACACUAAAUUCAAUGUGAAACAGUCGUAAAAAUGGACGCGCGACUUAGAGAGAUGUGUCUACGGUGAAAAAAAAAAAAAUCGUUAUUUCAAUUUUUAGCUAUUUAAAAUCGAUCUUCUAAGAGCCAAUCAAUGCAUGACGGUUCAAUAUCGUGCCACGUAUCAGACCGCAUGUGAAAGGACGCAAGCAAGAUGUGCCAAAUAAUCCUGGAUUAUUUCCAGAUGAAUCCAAGUUUUAAAAUGCGCUCAAGAGGCACCCUAGAAUUUGUCAUUAUAUUGAUUAUGUAAAUAAUUGUGCACUUAUGUAUAGAGAGAAAAGGAAG